GAAACUGGUUUUUUUUCCCCCACCCCGUAGACUGUUUGCUGUCAGGAAACACUGAAGCUGAACACAAGGCUUUCAUUGCAGAUUUCUAUCAAAAGACCUAAAAUUAGUUGCAUCAGGAAGGAAGGAUGUAGGUGUAUCGCUAUUGCCUUGCCUCUUUCCAGCCUAUGAUUGAGGUCACCCUUUGCCGACUGCUGCAAGCUGAUAAGAUAACAAUGGGAGUGACUGUGGGGAGUGGCGGGUGUCACUUGGCUCACAGCUUCUCCUUUGCAGCUGGGCUCUUAGCACUGCCGAGUACAUGUGAGGCUGCACCUGAUACCCGAGCGGAGCGUGCACUUUAGAAGGAAGCUGCCAAACCCACUCGUGCACAUACAUGCAUCUGUUUCGGGGCUCUAUUUGGACACACACAGCAAUGUAGGAGCUGAUGUACCCACUCCUGCCCCCGGAGAGAUGAUGGUUCGGCGAGGGCUGAGUCCCUGGCUUCCUCGGAUGGUCGUUCUGCUUGUGGUGCUCUGCUCUGCCUUGUCCGUCCUCUACAUGUUGGCCUGUACGCCGAAGGGCAUCGAUGAGCAGCUUGCAUUCCCCAGGGCCAACAGCCCAACAGGAAAGGAGGGGUACCAGGCCAUUCUGCAGGAGCGGGAGGAGCAGCACCGCAAUUACAUCAACAGCCUCAAGAAGCAAAUUGCGCAGCUGAAGGACGAGCUGCAGGAGCGGAGCGAGCAGCUGAAAAGCCUGCAGGACCACUACACUGACUCGCUGGGUCCAGGGCUGGAGCGCAGCAACCCAGAGAAGACCCCUGCCGACCUGCUGGAGUUCCUGCGCUCCCAAAUCGACAGAGCUGAGGUGCACGCCGGCGCCAAGUUGCCCACGGAGUACGCGGCUGUGCCCUUUGAGAGCUUCACCCUGCAGAAAGUAUAUCAGCUGGAGACGGGGCUGACACGCCACCCCGAGGAGAAACCCGUGAGGAAGGAUAAGCGGGACGAGCUGGCGGAGGCUAUUGAGUUGGCCCUGGAGACUUUAAACAGCCCAGACAGUGACAGCAACGCAAAUCAUCACAUGUACACAGCCUCAGACUUCAGAGAAGGCAUGUACCGAACAGAAAAAGACAAAGGCACGUUGUAUGAGCUUACUUUCAAAGGAGACAGACCACACAAAUUCAGACGAAUCGUUUUAUUCAGACCAUUUGGUCCCAUCAUGAAAGUGAAGAAUGAGAACCUCAACAUGGCCAACACGCUCAUUAACAUUGUAGUUCCAUUAGCCAAGAGAGCCAGCAAGUUUCGACAAUUUAUGGAAAAUUUCAGGGAAAUGGGCAUUGAGCAGGAUGGGAGAAUUCACCUCACUGUAGUUUACUUUGGAAAAGAACAAAUGAAUGAAGUGAAAGCAAUACUUGAAAACACCUCCAGAUCAGCUAACUUCAAGAAUUUCACCUUUAUCCAGCUGAAUGAAGAAUUUUCGAGAGGGAAAGGAUUAGACAUAGGUGCUCGCAUUUGGAAAGGAAACAACGUCGUUCUCUUUUUUUGUGAUGUAGAUAUCUACUUCACUGCUGAAUUCCUGAACACCUGUAGAUUGAACACACAGCCAGGGAAGAAAGUAUUUUACCCAGUUCUUUUCAGCCAGUAUAACCCAGGUAUAAUAUACGGGCAUCAUGGUUCCAUCCCGCCCUUAGAACAGCAGCUGGUUAUAAAAAAGGAAACUGGAUUCUGGAGAGACUUUGGCUUUGGAAUGACAUGUCAGUACAGGUCUGAUUUUAUCAACAUAGGUGGCUUUGAUCUGGACAUUAAAGGCUGGGGAGGAGAAGAUGUUCAUCUCUACCGCAAAUACCUUCACAGUAACCUUAUCGUGGUCAGGACGCCUGUCCGAGGCCUCUUCCAUCUCUGGCAUGAAAAGCGCUGCCUGGAUGAGCUGACCCCGGAGCAGUACAAGAUGUGCAUGCAAUCCAAAGCCAUGAAUGAGGCUUCUCACAGCCAGCUGGGGAUGCUCGUCUUCAGGCAUGAGAUUGAGGCUCACCUACGCAAACAGAAAACCAGCAGCAAAAAGACGUGAAGCCAAAACCCAACUAGUUGGUUGUAUUUUCAAAAAGACUAUAGCUGCUUAAAGAGAGUGUGGGAACCGGAGCAGAAAAGCGGGAGCUGGCAGGAAAAGGAAGACAAAAGGAAACGCUUGCGCUCCCUUUUCUUACCUUCCUUAGCAGAGCUUUUGAAUAUGCCGUUUAGCCUGCUGUCCCCCACUGGCUCAUGCCACGAAAUUGGAGGCAAAGGCAGAGCAAGAUGGAAGAUGGCAGAAACUAGUACCUUGUGUUUGAUACUUGUGCGCCCUAACAAAGGGUUUGUUGCGGUUCAUUGAAAUAUCCACGUGUGAUGACAGCUGUCCUGAUCCCGCAAAGACUUCUGGCCAUCUUUCAUAUACUCCAGUGGGGUUGCUCAUACACGUAAGUGUUGGCAGGACCAGGCCUCCCAUGGCCUAUGUAUUCAAAAGUGAGGAGUGAUUUUAGGGGUCCACUUUGACACACCUAAAAGGGGCCUGAUUUUCAAAAAGCAUAGAGCACCCGCCCUUCAAAAAACACUCGUUACAGGUGGCUCAAAUAAUAUCCACAAUCAGUAGUCACAUUUGAAAAUCUGGGCCAGUCUUUAAUAGUUAGACACAUUCACAUUGAGUUUUCUAGAGAUAAGCGCCUAAGAAAAGGCUUUCUGGAAUCUAGAAAGCUAAAGAUCAAGUAAAAUAUGAAAUUCCAAAAUGCUGGAUAAUGGUGUUAUACUCCAUUCUGUACAUUAAACCAAAAAUGAAAAGCCAGAGCUUGGAGCUUUCUUUGGACUAGCCUGUUGUUCUAGAGAACUUUAAGUAUCUGGGUUGGUUUGUUCUAAAGUGAACAUUUUUUUGCUUGUGAGUUAUUUUGUGCCGAUGUAAGUUUCCUACUUCAGGCCUUACUGAGAAAUAGCACAACCUUCCUGUACGUUUUGAAAAUGGUUUGCAGUUUAGAUCAUAGAUCCAUUUCUCUCACCAGUCAGGUCUCUAUCCUGAAACUGGUUACCAGGUUGAAAUGCACACCUUCUUUCUACUGGAGACAGAGCAAAGAGAAUUCACUUAUCUGAAGGAGAACACAAAUACUGAAAUGGAGAAACUUUUUUAUUCCAAUAGAAAAGGGAACAUAAUCUGCAAUCCUGAUUUAAUGAGAGACUCUAAAUAAUGAAUGUUGUACAUAAGAGCAGCCAUUCUGGGUCAGACCAAAGGCCCACCUAGCCCAGUAGCCUGUCUACUGACUGUGGCCAAUGCCAGG